GCCUUCUCAACGGUUUGAUUGUCAGGCAGCAUGUAUGAGGCCGAUUCAGACCGAGGCAGAUGCAGACACUCUGAGACAGGCUAACAACCAUAGAGAACAGCACCUGUAGCUACAAUGCAACCAGUACCUCAGUGAUGGAGAGGGAUCUCCUUAGAAGAGGCACCUUCAGUGGUCAACAUGAGACAGACUGAAGGAACUGAUCCACUCUGAGGGGGUGGGGAUAUCAGAUAACCAAAUUCUGGUUUCACCUUUCGCUAAGAAAAACAGGUUGCCUCAACUCAUCCAAUGGAGACAGAAACAAUGAGAGGGUGAUUGACUGCACAGUUUAGGUGAUUCAGUAAAAAACAACAAUUGUUCAUCAAAAACAAAACGAUGGGAGAGGGAACAGAGAGAGACAGAUCGUUCUCCAUCAAGGGGAGAAGAAAAUACGAGAAGGACGUAGGAGGAGGGGGUAGAUGCUGGAGCAUCAUGGGACGUCAGUGGGCGUUUGUAAGGGCCACACUGAUAGUGGUGAGUCUGGGAGCUCUCUUUCUCUCUCUUGGAGCAUGGACAGUACUGGGACUGGAAGACAUAGAGGAGGAGAGUCCAGGGGAAGCGGAGUCACUGCCACCAGCAAGACCGCUGGACUACCACCUCUGUGUGGAGCUGGUGUUGAGAACCACAGCCAGAGGGGGUGCCAUCGGGCUUCUGAGAGGACUAGCAGCGUUCUCAGUGGUCUGGAUAGCAGAGGUCCUGUCUGGGUCUAAUGGCCUGGUUGCAUCGGUCCUCCGCGCCCCCUUCUUGGGUCUUCUGAUCGGACUGGGGGUGGGUGCUGCAGAUGGGGUGGGCAGGGUGGAGGAGCUCCUAGAGCCUGGGGUGUGGUGGAAGGUUGUGGGUAACGGGGUGAGCGGGACCGGGGUGGGGGCCAGGGUGGCUGCAGUGAGUGGGGUGGUCAUCGCUGGUUUGAUGAGCAUCAUGACGGUCAGGGCGGUGAAGAAUGUGGCAAAGAGCGGCGAGAUCAGGAUGGCACAGUUCAUUACUGUGUCAGUGGCUGUGGGGGCUGCUAGGAUGGUGCUGUGUUUGGCUCCUGGGUGCAUGGCCACAGGAGCCUUGGUUGUAUCCAUCCUAGGGACACGGAGGGACCUCCACAACUUGGGGGCCCUAGUUGUGCUGGGGUUGGGGUGGUGUGCAGGGCAAAGGUGGCUUGGUGGUGGUGGUGGUGUGUCAGUUUUCUUGGUGUGGGAUAAAUUGGGGCAACUCUCACCCAGACAUCUAAUAGGAAGGUUAGUGGGCUUGACUGUAGCUGUGGUUGGAUCCAUGUGCCUGGGGUUCUCUCUGCAGAUGUACUCAGCUCUGGUCAGUGUGUUACUGGGUGCUUCUAUAGCCUUUCUGUCCUGGAGGGGUGGGGAGGCUGUUUGUAAAGUUUUUGCUGAGGUGGUAGAGAGAUUAUUUGUAGCUAUAAGCAUCAAUACAUAUCAUGGACAAGAAGAGAGACUUUUCAAUACCUUUGGAUGGGGAAAGAGGCCUCUCGAUGCUUGACAUAUUUGUCUUCUAAUUUUGUUGUGAUUAAUUACUGUGAUUAGUUGUCUAAAAUGCAUUUAUUUCCCGACAUGACUGUUACAAAUGUUAAAAGUUUAGAAUUUGUCAAAUAGGGCUGCAGAAAGUACAUUUUGUAGUGAACUUUAAUAUUUGCAACCACAAAACACAAUAAAACUACAUACCCUUUUCCAGAAAGGAGCACAGUUUAGAAUUCAGAAUACAGAUGGGUGUAGUAGCUAGCCUGUAGAAUGAACAAGACUAUGAAAACAACAUGAUUUCCACUAGAUGGCACAGCCACAAGGUCAAAUUGUCUAUCCUAAAAAAUUUAUGAAAAUAAAAAUGUGCUUUUUGGUCUUAAUUCAAGGUUUGAGUUAGCCACAAAGUGUUGUUAGGCCUCUGUGCCACCUGGGAGCCUAAGGCACUGCACCGCAGUGCUAGAGGUGUCACUACAGACCCUAGUUCGAUCCCGGGCUGUAUCACAACCAGCUGUGAUCGGGAGUCCUGUAGGGCGGCACAGAAUUGGCCCAGCGUCGUCCAGGUUAGUGGAGGUUUAGCCGGGGUAGGCCGUUAUUGUAAAUAAGAAUUUGUUCUUAACUGACUUGCCUAGUUAAAUAAAGGGGUUAAGUUUAAGAAUCUUUAUUUUAGAAAUAGGCAGGGUUUCUGACUUUGUGGUUGUGGUAAAUGUGACGACCGGAAAACAUUGUGGGACAAGCGCCAAGCCAGAGAUAUUACAGAAAAGUAACUCCAAACCACAGGAGAUUGGUGGCACCCUAAUUGGGGAGGACAGGCUUGUGGUAAUGGCUGGAGCGGAAUUGAAACCGCUUAAGGAUCUGCACCUUUUGUUCAAUUUUUGCCUAAAAUGACAUACCCAAAAACGAACUGCCUGUUGUUCAGGCCCUGAAGCAAGGAUAUGCAUAUACAGUUGAAGUCGGAAGUUUACAUACACUUAGGUUGGAGUCGU